AUGCCAACGAAGAACAGAUAUUCUGUCUUUAGUUUGGAUGAAGCAAAUACAGAAGUCCCAGAGAAACCUGAUGUCUCAGCGAAUUUAUCAAGCUCUGAACAACGUAGCAGCGAGCGGAAGAAUGCGAAACCAACAAAAACAACUUUCGGUAAUCAAGAAUCUGUAACAAUACUCGGAGAUUCCAUCGUAAAACGACUAGAUGUACGACGAAUACAGCAAUCUGUAGGAAACAAGAAGCGAGUACACAUACGUACUUUCUAGAUAUGGAUCACUAUGUAAAACCAACAUUAAGCAAGAACCCUAAAGAAGUCAUAAUCCAUGCAGGAACAAAUAACAUUCCAAGAGACGAACCUGAGGAUAUUGCAAGUAAGACUGCUAAACUAGGUGAAUAUAUAGAACGUACUUCCAAUGCUAAAGUAAUUAUUUCUAGUAUAAUUAUUCGAAGUGACGAUCUCCUAAAUAGUAAAAUAGAAGCAACCAAUAGUCUGCUGCAUAAGCUGUGUACAAUCCGAAAGUGGCAUUUUAUUCAACAUAACAAUAUUAGCAAAACUGACUUAAAUGCAUCUGGCCUGCACUUAAGUGCCAGUGGCACGUCUCUUCUAGCUAAGAAUUUAAUUGCAUGCAUAAAUAAUUGACUAAACGUUGGGGUGUAAUGCUAGUAAUACUAAUAUGUUUCUAUCUCCAAGCCACCAUGUCGACCCCAGACUUAACAAUACGAAAACUACUACAGCAAAUCGAUGCAUAAAGAAACCAAUAUUGCAGAACCUACCUAAUGCCAAGCAAACAUGCUUAAUUCCAAAGAUUCGAGGCUUUAAAACGGCAAAUCUUAAUAUUACCAGCCUAGUUUAAGCAUAUCGAUGAGUUCAGAAUACACAUGCACGAACAAGAACUUGACGUCUUAGGUAUAAGUGAAACAAGACUUGACUCUGACUACCCAGCAGAUCUCAUCUCUAUUGAUGGAUAUACAUGGAUUGCCAAAAAUAGGAAUAGAUCAGGAGGGGCUGUAGGGUUCUAUAUUAGAAAUACAAUAAAUUUUCAUGAAAGAAUCGAUUUAAACAACAACGAAAUUGAAACUCUUACUAUUGAAGUUCUAAAACCUAAAAUGAAACCGUUUCUCAUAACCACCUGGUAUAGACUACCAAAUUCAACUACUGACAAACUCAAGGAAUUUGAAAAACUACUGCAACAAAUAGAUUACGAGGACAAAGAAAGUAUCUUAAUGGGAGAUAUUAAUAUUGACCUUGCUAAGGACUCAACCGAUGCCAACACGGUAGAAUUGAAAUUUCUUAUGGACUUAUUCCAAUACAACCAGAAAAUUAAUGAACCUACCCGAGUCACUAAGGACUCGCAGACUUUAAUCGACCAUUUUUACACGAAUAAAUGCGAUCUUAUUACUUCAGCCAGAGUUUCAAAAAUAAAAAGUAGUGACCACUAUCUAAUAUAUGGUGUUCGUAAAUUUCCAAGCCUUAAAGGAAAUAAUAAUAUUUUAGAAUAUCGUGAUUUUAAGCGUUUCAAUGCUGAAGCUUUUGGGCAAGACCUUAAUUCCCUUGGUUCCCUUAAUCUUCAGCAUUGUAAUGAUGUUAAUAAAGCGUGGCUUAUAUGGAAAAGUAAUUUCACGAAAAUCAUUGACAAACAUGCACCAUUAAAGAAACGCAGACUAGGCAAAACAAGAGUACCAUGGAUAAAUAAAAAUCUCUUGACCAAUAAAUGGCGAACGAAUAGCUUAAAGAGGAAAGCUUGUAAAACAAACAAACAAUCCAAGUGACUGGGAGUCUUAUAGAAUUGAAAAAAAUUGGUAUAAUCGACUGAUAAAAAAUACAAUCAAGACUUACUACACAGACGAAAUUAGUAAUAACAGAGCCAAUAUAAAAAAUACGUGGAAAAGCAUAAAUAAACUGAUAAACAAACAACCGAAAACUUCCCAUGUAGGUCACAUUAAAAAUGAAAAUAAUGAAGAAGUACAGGACAAGGAUAUCCCAAAUGUCUUUAACAAACAUUUCAUAGAAGUUGGCCAGCGACUGUCUCGGAAUAUUCCUAUAACCGACAAACAACAAGAGGCCUACAUCAACGUUUCAAAUGCUCGUUUCCAUUUCCAAGAGUUAUCCCAACAAGAAAUACUCAAUCUUUUAUCGAAUAUUGCCACAAAUAAGGCAACAGGUCCAGAUAAAAUAUCUGCUAAACUUGUAAAAGUAGCAGCACCAAUUAUAGCAAACCAUUUAACUAUCAUAUUUAAUAAAUCAUUAUCAGAGGGUACAUUUCCACACGACUGGAAAAUCUCUAAAGUCACGCCAAUUUACAAAAAUGGACCCAAACAUGACAUGAAUAAUUAUAGACCAAUAUCUGUGAUCUCAACUAUUGCUAAAGUUAUGGAAAAGGUUGCUCAUAACCAACUCUAUUUAUAUUUACAAGAUGAGAACCUAUUAUCUACCUCCCAACAAGGUUUCAGACCUAGUCAUUCCACUGUAACUGCUUUACUAGAAAUCACUGACAAGCUAUAUCAUAAUAUUGACAUGGGUGAGCUGAAUGGAGUCGAUCGUCUUUCUUGAUCUCAAGAAGGCGUUUGACACAGUUAAUCACCAAAUACUAUUAAAUAAACUUAACUGUUACGGUAUAACCGGAACUGCCCACAAAUGGUUUGCAUCAUACUUAUCCAAUCGCUCACAGUAUUGCCAGGUAAAUGGAGGUAGUUCCAAACAGUCAAGCAUGAUUAGUGGAAUACCACAGGGAUCAAUUCUUGGUCCCCUGUUAUUCCUACUGUAUAUAAAUGACCUCCCUAAUUGCUUAAAUAGUGUUAAGUGUAACAUGUUUGCUGAUGAUACCCAAAUUGAUACAUGUGGCAAGGACAUAAAUACUGUUACAAACGCACUAAAUAAUGACCUAAAAAAUUUAUUUGACUGGCUGACCGUAAACGAACUCAGUUUAAAUACUAAGAAAACUGAAUAUAUGAUUAUAGGAUCUUAUCGAAGGCUAAAUUUAAUAGAAACAGAUCCUCCAAUCUAUCGCGGCACAGAAAAAAUCAAACGAGUUAAAUUGAUUAAGUCAUUGGGUCUAAUGUUAGAUGAGACGCUCAGUUGGAAUGAACAGGUUAACGCAAUAACAACUAAAGUAAAUAGAGGUUUGAAUGUACCAAAAAGGUUAAGAGAAUUUGUAGACCUUGAAACUUUACUAAUUGCUUAUAAAACAUUAGUGCAACCUUACUUUGAUUAUUGUUCACAGGUAUGGGGCGGCAUCGGCUCCACACUAUCUGAUAAACUGCAGCGUUUACAAAACAGAGCUGCGCGCAUUAUCACUAAGUGUGGAUAUGAUGUCCGCUCUUGUGUUCUUCUACAACACCUAAAUGUUGACGAUCUGGAGAAUCGUAGGAACCAACAACUUGCUACACUAAUGUUCAAAGUUAGAAAUUCGAUGGUUCCUCGCUCCAUAUCAAAUUUAUUUCAAAGAACCGAUGACGUACACAAUUACGAAACGAGACAGGUGUAAAAUUAUUUUCCACCUAAACCAAACACUAAUUUCAAGAAAAAAUCAUUUAGUUACAGGGGUACGGUGGCUUGGAAUAGUUUACCUUGUGAUCUUAAAAGAUCUCAAACCGUCCAAUGUUUCAAAAAUAAGCUUUAAUUGCAACGAAAGUAAUAACAAUUUUUAUAUAUACGGCCUAUUGGAAGAUCACUCAUUUUGUUUUCUCUCUGUAUAUAUUUAGCUAGUUUUAUAUUGUGAAAUAGCUCCGUAUUGAAAUAAAGUUGCAAUAAUAAUAAUAAUAAUAAUAAUAAUAAUAAUAAUAAUAAUAAUAAUAAUAAUAAUAAUAAUAAUAAUAAUAAUAAUAAUAAUAAUAAUAAUAAUGAAAACUUUAUUAAAUGGAUAUUUAGCUUAUAUAUACAAUUGCAAAUCUCACUUAUGUCAGGUAAUUUACAACUGGCUACUUAA